UAGAUAUCAUAUCAAUUAUCACGACGCAGUUCCAAUCAUCACAAUCAGGGCCCUAUUUAAAUACGAUAUUUAUUUCAGAAGAAAUUGAUAAUUCUUUAAAGAAUGAUAGUCCUUAUAUUUCAUUUCAAGCAGAGUAUUUUAAUAAUUUAUUGACUUAA